GUCCUUAUAAAAACUUCGUCACCUACACUCUCAUCUCCUCGAUUCCAAUCUUCACCAGACGAAACCCACAGAUCUUGAAGAGAAAAAAAAAAAAGAAGAAAGAAGACUUUUGAAGAAUGAAAGCAGAGCUGAACUUACCUGCAGGAUUCAGAUUCCAUCCCACAGACGAAGAGCUUGUGAAAUUCUACUUAAUCCGGAAAUGCGCAUCUGAGCAGAUCUCAGCUCCGGUUAUCGCCGAAAUUGAUCUCUACAAGUUCAAUCCUUGGGAGCUUCCUGAGAUGUCACUGUACGGAGAGAAAGAGUGGUACUUCUUUUCACCCCGAGACCGGAAAUACCCAAACGGUUCGCGUCCUAACCGAGCAGCAGGAACCGGUUAUUGGAAAGCAACCGGAGCUGAUAAACCGAUCGGUAAACCGAAGACUUUGGGUAUAAAGAAAGCUCUUGUCUUCUACGCUGGGAAAGCUCCUAAAGGGAUUAAAACGAAUUGGAUUAUGCAUGAGUAUCGUCUCGCUAAUGUCGAUAGAUCAGCUUCUGUUCACAAAAAGAACAACCUACGACUUGAUGAUUGGGUGUUAUGUCGAAUAUACAACAAGAAAGGAACCAUGGAGAAAUACUACCCUGCUGAUGAUGAGAAGCUUAGGACUAUCACGGAGCACUCAUCAUCGCCUUUUGAUACAUCGGAUUCUACUUACCCUGCACUGCAAGAAGAUGAUUCGAGCAGCUCGGGGGGUCGCGUGGUGUCACCGGAUGUGAAGGAGGUUCAGAGCGAGCCUAAAUGGGGAGAGCUUGAGAAUGCUUUUGAUUCUUCCUUGUUUGGUGGUGGUUCCAUGGACUUGUUGCAGAGUGAAGCUUUUGUUCCUCAGUUCUUGUAUCAGCAGCCUUCUGAUUAUUUUAACUCAUGGCAGCAGGAGGAGCCGCAUGAGCAGAAACCGUUCUUGAAUUGGAGUUUUGCUCCACAGGGGUGA